AGACCGGACCACCGCCACAGUUAAACCCACCACCGUUAUGCGUGAAUUAAACCUUCUCCUGUGCAGGAUGAAGGUGACCUUUGGUUCUCUGGUGAUCAUCGCCGGCAUCUGUGGUAUUCUGAGCUUCGCUUUUCUGGCGACUUCCCUCGGAACCGACUAUUGGUACAUCAUAAAGAUGAAUCCUGUGAACACGAGCGACUUCGAGGACAUGAGCUCCCACUCGGGGCUGUGGACUAUCAACGAAGGUGGGAAGAUGCACGCAGCCUCUAUUGACUCUUUCAAAGCUGACUACUCCAGGUACACUGAGACUGAGGUGCACAUGCUGAACAUGCACAGUGCUAUAGUGGUGGUGCUUCCCCUCAGCCUGGUCCUCUUGCUGUUCGGUGGCAUCUGCGGGUUGGUCAGCUCCCUGGCUCGGAGCCCCGUCCUCCUCACCAGCACGGCCUCCUACUUCUUCAUCUGCAGUCUGCUGACCCUGUGUGGCGUGAGCCUCUACAUCAUCUACUCAUACCAGGCCCUGGUAGAGACAGAGAGGCUGGUGGGGCCCGAAGGCCUCGCCCACGUUCACACCUCCUUCGGCUGGUCUCUGGGCAUGGCCUGGCUCUCCUACGGCCUGGAGCUCCUCACCAGCGUCCUGCUGCUCGUGGCGGCAAAGAUGGUCAAGCGGCAGCACAGCAGUCCCUCCAUGGCCUGACACAAGCCUUCACAGUGGGUCCCACACAUUCAGGACGGACUCUGAACUAUACUGAGCUGUAUAUGAGCGAGGGAGAAAGAACAGUCAGGUGUGUUGCUGCCAUGUGGUUCUGCUUUAGAACAAGGUAAGAAACAAUAUUAAGGCGUUGAGAAAAUACAAACGUUGGAUUUAAGAUGAUUUGGAUCAUUUUAUAAGCAUGUGUUAGAAGUUUAAUGUCUUUAUAUCUGCUUCAGACUGGAGAGUGACGUUCAGGUGAACUAGAGGAGUGAGGUUUUGGGCUCUUGAGUUGAAUUACGCCAAUUCCGCCCUCUUGUGUUGAGAAGUGAAGUGGCUCCCUGUAUUCACUGUCCACAGCCGUGCUGACCGUCACUCCAGUAAU